AGUUAUUGGUGUAUUAAGGUAUCCUAUUUCAAUAGAUUAAUCUAUUUAAAUAUAAAACUUACAUGGAUAAUUCUAACAGAAUCCAUUAGAAUAAAAGGAGGAAGUUAUAUGACAAAUAGGUUUACAUCCAAUAGUUUUCAUAAAAUAUUGAUUAGAUGGACAAGGAGGACAAAUAUUAUCAAUAGGUGUUCCAUAGUAACAACCAGUGCAUUAAUUAAACUCAGGACCUGUGCAAAAAGUGCAAGUCAUAUGACAUUGGAGCAUUGAAACAUAUAAAUUUUUUAUAGAAACUUAUCCAUUUCCUGUUUGAGGAUAAUUAAACUUGAU